UCGGCAGAGGGAGCUGGACCUGCGCGGGGGGGGCGGGGGGGCGGCCCUUUGUCAGGAUGCUCUGAGGAGGAGGAGGACCUCGCCGCUGCCUGACAUUCGCUCUCCAGCGUGGGCCGGGGGCUGCUGUGGGAACCGCCCCCUCCCCCGGGAAUUUUAGCUUGGAAAAGGCCCCCCGCUUCCCUCUGACCCAGGAUGAGCACAGCCGCCAGCCCGGAGCCCCUGCCCUCGCCCCCCGUCCCCGGGCCCCGCUACUCGGAGCGCUCGGCCGAGGACGACCCCGAGUACCUGCGGGCACGGAAUGUGGCGGCCGACCUGCGGCAGGACUUCAACAUGAUGGAGCAGAAGAAACGGGUCACCAUGAUCCUCCAGAGCCCGUCCUUCAGGGAGGAGCUGGAGAGUCUCAUCCAGGAGCAGAUGAAGAAGGGGAACAACUCGUCCCACAUCUGGGCGCUGCGGCAGAUCGCCGACUUCAUGGCCACCACGUCCCCUGCCGUCCUCCCCACCUCCCCCAUGGGGCUGGCGGCCGUCACCCCCAUCAACGACCUGCAUGGCCCCGAGGUGCCGGCGCUGGCCAAGGGCGAGCGGCUGAUGCGCUGCAAGGUGGGCAGCAUCCACCGCCUGCUCGACCUCUACGGCUGGGCGCAGCUGGGACACGCCGCCGUCACCCUGCGGGUCAGCAAGGAGCAGGAGCAUUUCUUGGUGGCCCCGCAGGGGCUGGCGUGCAGCGAGGUGACAGCAGCCAGCCUGAUCAAGGUGAACGUGCUGGGGGCCGUGGUGGAGCAGGGCAGCACCGGCUUCGCCCCCGACACCCGCAGCUUCAGCCUCCACGCCGCCAUCUACGCCGCCCGCCCCGACGCCCGCUGCAUCGUCCGCCUGCACACGCCGGCCACCGCUGCAGUGUCAGCCAUGCGUUGCGGCGUGCUGCCCAUCUCCCGUGCCGCGUUGCUGCUGGGGGACGUCGCCUACUUCGAUUUCCGCGGGGAGGUGGAGGACGAAGCCGAUCGGGUCGAGCUCCAAAAAUCCCUCGGCCCUACCUGUAAGAUCCUGGUGCUGCGCAACCACGGGGUGCUGGCGCUGGGGGACACCGCCGAGGAGGCCUUCUACAGCAUCUUCCAUCUGCAGGCGGCCUGCGAGAUCCAGGUGUCGGCGCUGGCGAGCGCGGGCGGCGCAGAGAACUUGAUCGUGCUGGAGCGCACCAAGCACCGGCCCCACGAGGUGGGCUCCGUGCGCUGGGCCGGCAGCACCUUCGGGCCCAUGCAAAAGAGCCGCUUGGGCGAACACGAAUUCGAAGCCCUGAUGAGGAUGCUGGACAACUUGGGUUACCGCACAGGCUACACCUAUCGCUACCCCUUCGUGCAGGAGAAGAGCAAGCCCAAAAGCGACGUGCUGAUCCCCGCCACGGUGACGGCCUUCGUCUUUGAGGAGGAGGCCGCCCCCGUCCCCGCGCUGCGGCAGCACGCCCAGAAGCAGCAGAAGGAGAAGACGCGAUGGCUCAACACCCCCAACACCUACAUGAGGGUCAACGUGGCCGAGGAGCAGCAGGGCAGCGCCGGGAGCCAGAAGACAAAGACAACGUGGCUGAAAGCAGACGAGGUGGAAAAAAGCAGCAGUGGGACCCCCAUCCGAAUCGAGAACCCCAACCAGUUCGUGCCCCUCUACACGGACCCGCAGGAGGUGCUGGAGAUGAGGAACAAGAUCCGGGAGCAGAACCGCCAGGACGUGAAGUCGGCCGGGCCCCAGUCGCAGCUACUGGCCAGCGUCAUCGCCGAGACCAGCCGCAGCCCCUCCACAGAGAGCCAUUUGGGGGAUGCAGAGGCCAAAGAGGCGUCCCGGGAGGAGGCACCCCCCGAGCCGGAGCCCCCGAACCCCUUCAGCCAGCUCACCGACCAGGAGCUGGAGGAGUACAAGCAGGAGGUGGAGAGGAAAAAGCUGGGGCUGCAGGGCGAGAAGGAUGCCGCGGCAGGGGAGAGCCAGGCUCCCCCUGCCAAAUCGCCUCCCGCCUCCCCGCCGCAGAGCCCGGCCACGGCGCCGGCAGAGAGCCCAGCCCCGACGCCUGCGAAGCCCUCGGAGGGUGACAAGAAGGCGGAUGGCGGCCAAGUGCCGGCCGACUCCACCGCCGAGAAGGAGCCGCCGGCGGUGGUGAACGGGAAGGACGAGGAGCAAAGCACCGAGGAAAGUCUGGGCAAAGGGGGGGACCGGACGACCUCCCCUGCCAACGCCGACCCAGAGGCCCCCAAGGAGAAGGAGACGGUGACCAGCAGCCCCGUCUCCCCCGAAGGUUCACCCUCCAAAUCGCCCUCUAAGAAGAAGAAGAAAUUCCGGACCCCAUCUUUCCUGAAAAAAGGCAAAAAGAAGGAAAAAAUCGAAUCUUGAAUCUCCUCGGAGGCCUUCCGCCGCAGCAGCGGCUGGGCACCUCUCCGGAUGGAGGCGCCGAGGCGGAGGGACGGCUCCUGCGUCGUGCGUCUGGCAGAGGCGCAGCCAAAAACCCCGGAGUCGAGUUGUUUUCUUGGGUACUCCUGGCGCGAGGCACCUCGUCCCCCGUCACCCGCUUUUGGAGGCGGUCACCGAGCUUACGAAAAGAUUGUGGCCCCUGUUUGCCGCUUGGGGAAAUACCCGCUGCCACCUCCCUCCUCCCACGAGCUCUCCCUUCUCCCUCCUGGUCCCACGCCUGGGCUGAGGGUUGUUUGGGGUUUAUUUUCCCCCCUCCCCACCCACUGCUUGCAGAGCUCUCGUGAAACAUGGGGCGCAGCCCGGAUACACUUGGUUUGAGGAAGAAAAGGGUGUGUUUUGUUGUUGUUUUGGUUUUUUUUUUAACCUUCUGUUAUGAGCUCCGCUGGAAUGGCGCUGGCUUCACCACUUCACCGGGGGAAUCAGAUCAAGCUGAACAUGAGGGGGGGAUUGCUCUCCCCGAAGGAGAGGCCGAGGCGGUGGGCCUGGGAGCCUUUCCUUCCUGGAUCGUAAUCUUCCUCUCCGUGGGCCGGAGUGCCACGUUCAUUCCCCUUCUCCUGGUGCCACCAUCUCACGUAUUUGCCGUACAAGGAUUUCACACUGCCAGGAAAGCCCCCGCCGCACCGCACCUGAGAAGGGAGAAGAAAAGACCGUCUGCGUUAUUUAAAACUGAGCAAAACUUCACUCACUAAGUGCUACUUCGGGAUGAACACACGCUGCCGAUUCACUUCAGUCAGAGGCGCUGCCGACGCCGUCACCCCGCCCCGUCCCCGCCACCACUUCACGGCGACGCUGGCACACGUGGCCGAGGCUGUGCCAGGGCUCAGCGAGCGCCCAUCCACGCAGCCGAGGCCGGAUCGUUGCUUUUCCCCAGCUCUGGACUCCCGAGCACAAGUUAAAAUCCUCCCCGGCGUUUCCUUCUCACCCGGCCUCGCCUCCCCGUCUCCAGCGCUCUGUACAGCGACACGCGACCAUCAUCACAACCUCCUGGCUGUGCCCGAAGGGAAGAAGAAAACCAGCGAUGCCAGAUUUGCCCCGCGGCUGCUCCAGUGCUGGUGUUUAGGGGACAAAACCAAGAGGAUCACCCUCCGUCCUCCUGCAAGCCACGGGGGUUUGCCAUCUUCCGGGGCUGCUUGCCCCAAACCUGCCCGCGCAGGCAGCCUGCCCCUGGGGACGGGGCUUCCCUGCCACAGCCCAAGCGCCCACCGGGUCCUGUCUGCCGGGGGCUUGGGCUGUAGUGGGGAGCCCCAGACCCCAAAUUCCGAGGGCAUGGGGUUCCUCACCCCAGUAUGAUUUUCCCAUGCGCCACCACUGUGUUUUCAAAGUCUUUUCGCUGCUGCGAGGCAGGUCUCAGUUUUUGUUUUCCCCUCUGGAAGAGCAGAAAGCCUGUGGGCCGGGCUGCGAUAUGGGGUGUGCCAGGUAAAUUCCGAAUUGAAAAGUAAAACAUAAAAAGCUUUUUAAAAAUUGUAAAAAUACACACCUGGCUGAGUAUCUUGCCGGAGCCCCAGGGCCGACCUCAGCCCGGUUUUGGGGAGAGCGCUUGCCCUGCCUGAUGUCUACCCUGAGCUCCAGCCCCGGGGUUAGAGCUGGCUCCCCAUCAUGCUCCUGCAUGGACCAGGGAAGUGAGGGGGGACCUUGAGCUCCUAAAUUCACCAUCUACGACGGUCGGCACAAAAACCAGCCCUGUGCUCAUGCCCAUAUCCAGCCUUUGAGAUGCAAACCACAGCUCUGUAACCAUUUCCCGUGGGGUGUUGUUUACUGCCACUGAUUUUAAGGCUUUUUGAGGCCUAUUUUUGCCAUCUAGCCUGCCCCCUGCAUGCCCCAGGCAAGGAAAGCUCCCGCAGGGGCGGCUGCGUUGCCUCCCCGAGGCGGCGUUGUCGUUCCCAGGGCGAUUACCUGAAUUACAACACUGCCAUGCGCCCCACUGCCACACCCACCAGCGCUGCCGCUGGGGAUCUGCGGCCCCUUUUUCUCCAAGGGCCAGGGGCUUUGCAGAGCAGAUUGAUUCCACCCCCACCAUGGAAGUCCAGGGCGUGUUUGGCAUCUGCUGCAGCAUAGGGAAGCGAGAGACACUGGGGCCUUCAGCAGGGAGGAAGGCUCAAAUGGCCGCCAUCGCCACAUGCGUCCUCACCGCUUAGCUAAAGAAAACAGAUACAGGAUCACAUCGCUGCCUGGAUCCCCAACUUGUCAGGGCACCCCCAGGGCACCCCCGCCCCACAAUGUUCCCCUCUCCCCUGCCAGCUCUUUGCCCGCUGCCCCAGGCAGGUCCCUGGCUCACUGUUUUCUUCUCACCUCUUUUAGGCAAAGCUGCCCGGGCACCCCAGGCGGGGCUCUGGGUGUGGGUUUUCUGUGGCGGGGAGGCAGGGAUGGAUCCCUGGCUGUCAGCUGCGAGGCAAAUCAUUGAUCCGGUGCCCCGAGAGGUGCCGAUUGCCGCCCACGGGCCUGGUGCUCAUCGCCCUCCAUGUUUGCACCCUCAACUGAAAAGAAAAAAGGACAGAUUUCCAUCUUUGACCACGGAUACGCCGCCACGCCGCAGGAAAGGAGGGCGAUAACGGGGUUUUCAUGGGAUUCUGCGCCCGUUCUGUUGCCUGGGGCUGGCAGACGCCCCAGGCCCCGGCGAGGCUGUGGUUGCUGAACGUGGCCGAGAGGCGGCUGCCCACCCCCGGGUGCAGCGAGGGCACCUGCCGGUGUCUGACAAUCGUCGCUGGAAAGCGCUGUGUAACGCCUGUCUGUAAAUAAACCCCGUGUUUGGCACCCA